UGGUCAAAACCCUUUUUCUGAUCGUGAACAUGAUGCAAAACUUGUUAUAGACAUUAUUGAUGGGCUUCGCCCAAAAAUCAUUGAUGGAACAUCCAAAGAUCUCGUGGAUUUAAUGGAAAAAUGCUGGGAUCCAAAUCCCAAUAAAAGACCAUCAGCAGAAUAUAUUCGUAAACAUUAUCUUCCAGCCAAUCAUAAAAUAUAUGGUCGGAAAUUUCCAAGAAUUGAAAAUAUACCUUCUAAUGAACAGUAUAACAAUCAAGCAAUUUAUACGAACAGGUUAUUAACUGAUGUGAUUAAUACUGCACUAGGUAUCCAAUUACAAUCACAGAGUCCCAUUAUUAAUGAAGCUUCUAUGUUAAUUACAUCUGACG